UCAUUGUGUUUGUUCCAUUGUAUAGUUUUCAAGUCGCGAGGGAGAUAUCAGCCAGUCACUAGCGUUCGGGACGCCGAUACUAAUCUGUGCUUAAAAAUAUCAACCUGAAACCUGGCUGAAAUUUACAGCCCGUGGUAAAAUUUCAAUAUCCUGCCUGUCGAAUUUGAAAACAGGAGAUAAACGGCUAGUUCUAGCAGAAUCACUGCAACAUGGCUGAUCUAAGUAUUGAUAAGAAAAAACUACCUGGCGUCAAAGAAGUGUGCCGGGACUUUGCUGUGCUGGAGGAUCAUACCCUCGCCCACAACCUGCAGGAACAGGAGAUUGAGAAUCACCUGGCGUCAAACAUCCAGAAGAGCCGGCUGGUGCAGUAUGACCUGCAGGUGGCAAAGAGGAUGCAGGAUGAAGAGGACAAGAGGGCAUGGGCACGCAACCAGAGACGCCAGCGAGACAUAGUGCACAGCGAUAACGAGAUCGCACAGGUGAUUCAGGAGCAGCUGGUGAAGCAGGCUCUGAAUAAACGACAGCAGGAAAAGAAGGACGAGGCCAUCGCUCGCAGACUUCAUGAGAAGGAGCUGAAGGAGGAGAGGAAGAGGAAGAAGCAGCUGCAGGAUGUCCCUUUUGAAGACGGUUACUAUGCAGAAAAUGGAGGCCACGCCCGAAACAAACAUCAGGAGCGUGGGCCACAAGAGUCCGAGAGGCCACACAGACACCAGAGCCGGGAAAGAGACCCCGACCCCAAGGCGGAAUCCAGAGGGUCCCAGUCCACCUUCUAUGUGCACAGCACCGAACCUUCUAGGGCUUCCCACCACAGACGCAAACUGCAGGAGCCCGAGAGGGAGGAAGACACGAGGAGGAAGGAGAAGCCUGCUAGACCCCCGCCACCCAACUACAGCAAGAACCACAGCAGGGAACACGCACAAGAAUGUGGCAGGGAGAUCAGAUGUGAUCACAGCAAGGAACAGAGACGAGAUCACAGCAGGGACAGCGCACCACACUGUAGCAGGGACGCAAGCUGGGAACAGCAGAAUAAUGAGAGCUAUGUGGUAUCGGCUGGCCCAAGCCGACACUGGUCUGGGGAGGAGCACAAUGGAAGGGAGGGGUGGGAGGACAGGCAAAGGCUAUCCUCUGGGUGCAAUGAGGUGUUCCAUGAUCCGAGCUCCAGACACCACAUGAGGGACGCCAGGACAGAGCUCUUGUGUCGAGCGCAGGAGAGACAUGGCACACCCUCACAUUCCAGUGAGGACUGGCCAGAGGACCAUCCCCACCACAGAGACCAGAGAGGGAUGAAACCCCAAGGGGAGUAUGGGUUGCAGGAGGUGAUGCAGGGAGUCACUCGGCUUGACCUCCGAGGCAGCGAGCUGACAGACCUGGAGGUAGCCCUGAGACUGCAGGAGGAGGAGCUAAAGGCUACCAACUUAGACAAAAGAGCAGCCCAGAUGGCACAGGAUGAGGAAAUUGCCCGGCUAUUGAUGGAGAAGGAGAAGAGAUUGCACAUAAGGUCGAGGGAUCGGGAAAAGGGGACAAUGGAAACGAGACGACAGGAGCCGGAAUUGAAGCCGGAGCCAGGAGAGGCGGUGCGACCGCGAUCCAGGGAAGGCUACGAACUCCAGAGACCGAGGACCGACAAGCCAGCCAGGCCGCCUCGACCCGUGGGUGACUAUGAAAACAUUGAUGCCAGCUACGGAAACACAAGCUCCCCCUGCUCGCCUCGACCCUCCUCCAGGUCUGAUGCAGUGUAUAAAGGUUCCUAUUCCAGGCAGUGAUCUUGGUUCCGCUCUCACUCUCCUUUGUAAGAUGUGGAAGAAGAAGAAACCUGAUGUGGUUUCCUGAACACCAGGAUUGCUGCUGACAGUCCAACUUGAUGUCUAGUUCUGGGAACAGUGGGGAGAAAAUUAAUCUAAGAGACAACUGAGAAAG